AUGGGAUGUUACAAACGUUGUUAUCUGAAGGAAUGGGCCCGUGAUACAGCUGAUAUACACGGGUUGAAGCACAUUGCGGGCGACGGUGGGAACAUACGCCGUUUAAUAUGGACUCUAGCUACCCUCAGUGCCUUUGGGUACUUCCUCUAUCUGGCUAUACUUUCCUUAAUUUCCUUCGCUGAGUCCAACCACGUUACGAAAACAGACGUGGAGUCAAAAAGCGAGAUAAGUUUCCCGGCAUUUACCGUCUGCAAUUUCAACAAGUAUCGUGAGGCAGCUAUAACUGAACAUGACAUCAAGAAUGUUGGAACUCAUCUUGGGAUUAUCGACGAGGAUCAUAAUCUCAUCAAUCCUCAUUUGUACAACGAUGAAUUCAAGAAUAGAUUGGCCGCCGUUGACUGGUCAAAUCUUGAUAUCGAUGAUGACUACGACAUGACUGAUUUCACCAAUCGAACUGGACAUCAGCUGGAAGACAUGAUAGUAGAGUGUUACUGGCAGGGACAGAAUUGCACGGCAGACGACUUCCAUCAUGUGUUCUCCCAUCUUGGUAACUGCUACACAUUCAACCACGUUGAUCUCGACAUGACCACUCAUUCAACAAUAUCGGCUGGUGCAGCCAAUGGUUUAAAGAUCACCUUGAAUAUUGAGGAGGAUGAGUAUACACCAACCAAUGACCUUGACGGAGCAGCCGAAGAUGCGGGGAUUAAAUGGAUGUUGCAUCAUCCCACUGUCCCUCCUUAUGUAAAGGAGUUGGGACAUGGUGCUGGGCCUGGACAUCACACAUUCGUUGCUGUACGUCACGAGACGAUAACCAGCCUCCCUUCACCCUACACCACCUGCGUAGAAGAUACCAGCGGGAAGUUAUCAUACUACGACCACUACUCAAUCCAAGCCUGCCGUAUUGAAUGUGAGACUGAACUUGUAUAUGCAGAGUGUGGAUGCAAGCUGGUGGAACAACCGGGACCCUAUCCAGUCUGUAAUCCGGCAGAGACGCAUGAGUGUGGACACGUCGUCCUUGUACAAGCGGUGACAGGUGACAUAGAAAAUCUGUGUGAUUGUGAAUCCCCGUGUAAUGUAGACAACUACCCAUUCACUUCCACCAACGUCAAACUCCGUGCUAAGUACAUGCAGCAGAUAUACAGCGAGACAGAGCACAACUUUACUGUCGACUAUAUCGAGGACAAUCUGGUUCUGCUAUCUGUUUACUACGAAGCCUUAAACUCCGAGGUGGUCGAACAGCUACCCGAGAUGACUGUACCUUCGCUACUGGCAACCCUGGGCGGUAACUUUGGACUGUUCCUUGGCGCUAGUGUGCUUACCAUUUUGCAACUUCUUGAGUACAUCUUCGAUGAAGUAACAGCUACAUGUACUUGUAAAUCCCCUCCUACUAACCGAGUUGGAAGUUCUCGGGCCAAACCAGCGGUUAAAGACGACGUCACCAAUACUACCGAUGAUGACAUAUCAAUUAUCGAAAUUAAAAAAGAUUCUUGGAACAAAAACUAUACGGAAAGGUAGCCUGGUUUUUACGAACACACAGGAAUAUUGUACAUAUUAUACUAUAUCAUAUAGAAACGACGAGGAAUACCGGUUUAAGAAACAAUAGUUGUUGGUGAUGUGUUUACCCAAGGCUUUUAACUUUGCAGUUUUUCGAGUGAGCUUAUUGCCUUUGAAUUCUUAAUUCAACUGUUUGAACAUUUAUUCUUAGUAAAUUAUUAUAUGUCUACAAGACUACCGAUGAUGAUAAAUCAAUCAUCAACAUGAAAACAGGUUGUUGUGACGAAAUUCCCACAGAAAUGUAGCCAGGCUAACACGAACAUACAGGAAUAUUGUACAUGCCUUUGAAUUCUUAUUUCAAAUGUUUGAACAUUUUUUAUUAGUAAAUUAUUAUAGGCCUAUAAUGUGAGAAUGUUUUACAUCAUGUACGUUGAUCUUGACAUAGUAAGGGUAAUGGUGGUAGUGAGAACGCCCUCUUUUGUCUGAUAUUCGACAAGCUGUUUUGUAUCCGUUGU